ACUUUUAUCAAGAUUUGACACGAAUCAAUUAUGAUCAAAAAUCAUUUCGUCUGACUGUGAACACAUUCCUUUUCAUCGCUACAGCAAUCUCGUAAUAUCCAGCACAUCUGUGCUUGCUUCCUAUUGUCUACCCGAGUAACUAGUCCCUUCAGUGUCGUUCAUGCAGAACAAGUUCUACAGAGUAAUUAACUGAAUUGCCAGUAAAGUCGUAGCAAAAAUGGAGACGCAACAUAUGAAGAAUUACUUUGCUCCAGCGAGCAUCGGGCAAAUCGGUAAUGCAAUACGUACAAAUGCGGAUCCUGCUAUUGAACAUUCAUCUGAGGAGCCCAUGACUAAAAAUUCGAGAUACAGCGAACCGAUUGCAAGCAGUUCAAAUCGGACACCCAACAUUCGAAAAAAGACAUCAUUCAAAGAUUUGCCUCCUGAAAUGGUUGAAGAGGUACUCAGUAAUGCUUUCACACUCGAUCUACUGCAUUGUCGACUAGUUAAUCGUCAAUGGAACGAAAUCUCAUCACGAAUCAUCCAGGAACGUGACGACAUAAGUUUAUGCUUUGAAUACAGUUUGGGAAGAUACGUCCAAAGAUUCCAACAACGACAAUGCAAACCAUGCUCGCUCAACAUACGCAGAUCGGUUCCUGCAUUAAGCGUCAAGCAUUUGACUGAUCUUGUGAUUUGUUUAAACGAGUCACCACUUUUCCCGUUCACAAGUUAUCGAUUCGAUCAGUUGACUACAGACUUACUUGUGAGCAUGAUCGAUUUCAUAAGAAAUUGGGGCAACCGCGUUCGCUCGCUCAGAGUUUCCUUCUCAGAUUCGAGAGGAAACGUAGAGAUUUUGCUCAAGAUGCUUUGUGGAAGACUUCCAAAUUUGAAGAAGCUUACGUUUGGCCCUAGUUCGCCGAUUCCAACCACGAUUUCUCUUUCGUUUGAUUCACAUCAGUUACGACUUCCUAAGCUAGAAGUUUUGUGCAUUCCGAACGAUAACUUCCGAAUCUACGGAACGAUGGUCGAAGACAUUCUCACAGCUUCGUCAAACUUAAAAACAUUUUUAAUGAUAGAACAGGCUGUGUCGCCCAAUGAUAUGGAAAUUUUAUACAAAUCGGAAAAGUUGCAUUGUCUCAAAGAUCUUAAGAUUGUUGUCACAGAAGAACUAAUUGCUUAUUGGAAGGAGUCACCCGAUCGCUUUGAGCUACAGUUGCGAUCCUUAAGUUUAUCAUUUAAUGACAUAAUUUACCUAGACCAUGAACUGAACUCUAGCGCAAGCGAGAUCGUAAACCGGUUGUUUCAUUCGAGCAGAAAUACUUUACAGACUCUAGUCACUCAACCGCUGGGACCGCUAAUUGGAUUAGUUUUUCCGAAAUUCGACCGACUGCGACAGCUACGUCUACGACAAGAACUGACCCAGAAAGACUAUCAGAUAUUUCCAUUUUCAUUCGAUUGGCCCCACAAGUUGCCAAAUAUAAACGAGUUGGAUGUUGACAUUCUAAGCGACGAACAUAAUCUGAUGUUCGACGAAUCCCUGAAAUGCUUGCCGAAUAUUGAGAUUUUGCGAGUUUCGUGGAAGAGAAACCGACAUGUCUUCGCGGAACUGAUUAAAAGGACGCCGAAUGUCAAGACUCUGGCAAUAAGAGAUGAUUACAGUUUUUGGUUUCGACGGGUUCGACAUAUCAAUUUUGAAGAGAUUUCCACAUAUUUACCGAAGUUGGAGAAUCUCAGUUGGCAAAUUCACAUCAAAAACAGUUUUUGGUACAAAUUGGAUGCGGUGAUCACUGGACUUCCCGCGAAUUUUUGUAAAUCAUUGGCAGAGGAGUUUCGAAAUGAGAACGAUCUGUCCGCGGAUAAGGUCUCAAAAUAUUGGAAGCGAUGCAACCCAUCAAUUCACGAUUUAACAGAAUUGAAGACUCUCCACAUACACUUUGAUAAGUGCACUUACUACAUCAAAGAUGAAGACGAUGACAGCGAUGACGGAAACCGAGAUGAAGCUGGAUUCGACCCGGACAGCAUUUUUUACGAAACUGGUUUCACCAAGGUCAGCCAGUUUCUAGGGUUCGACCAAAUGCCAAAUUUGGAGAUUGAGAUUCACCAUCGCAGGUUCAACAAGUGUACCAGCUUAGAUACGAAUUUGUGAUUGAGGAGGAGAAGACGUUUACGAAACGUUGUACAUGAUGAUUGAAUGAUGGAGAAAGCUAUUCUAACUGUAGCAUAUGACGAUAAAAUAAAAUAUGGCGCUUGUACCGGUUACGGUGGGUGUAAAGAGAUUUUG